AUGGAUUUUUCGACUGGUAAGACGCCAAUUACCGAAGAAAGUGAAAAGAUCGGAGAUGUCUAUCAGAAACUCUCUCAACGUGAUCAUAUUCUGAAACGUCCAGAUACCUACAUCGGGUCUGUUCAGAACAUUACCCAAAAGAUGUGGCUGUUUGAUGAAACUUCGAAAUCGAUGCAAUACAGAAGUGUGAAUUAUAAUCCAGGGUUAAUCAAGAUAUUUGAUGAGAUUCUUGUGAAUGCCGUGGAUAACAAGCAGCGAUGUCCGGAGAUGACCACGAUAAAGGUGUCCGUCGAUAAGAAGACAAAUACGAUCUCAAUCUAUAAUGAUGGUGAUGGCAUUCCUGUGGCUAUUCAUCCCGAAUACAAUGUCUACAUCCCCUCCAUGAUCUUUGGGCAGCUGCUCUCCGGCACGAACUUCGACGACAACAGUAAGAAAGUGACUGGCGGCCGAAAUGGAUUUGGAGCGAAGCUAACAAACAUUUACAGCACCGAAUUCCGCGUGGAGACGGUGUCAAACGAGAAGCGAUUUAUUCAAGUGUUCCGAAACAAUAUGACCGAAGAGGAAAAGCCGAAAGUGACCAAAGCCACACGGAGCAAACAGUAUACCGAAAUCGUGUUUAAACCGGACUUGGCGCGGUUUGGAAUGAAGGAGUUGGAUGAUGAUACGAUCGCAAUCAUGAAGCGUCGUGUGUAUGAUGUGGCGGGAGUAACGGAUGAUUCUGUGAAAGUGUAUUGGAAUGGAGAAAAGCUCAAUGUGCGGAGCUUUAACGAUUAUGUGAAACUGUUUGAAAGAACGUUGCAAAACACCGACUUUGUGGAGCAAAACAACGACGCUCUGCAGCACAUCGAUAUCCAAAUGGCGUAUGGAGCAUCGCCUCGCUGGCAGUUUGCGGUGAUUCCCACACCAAUCACAGGAAUCACUCCAUUUAGCGUAGGAUCCUAUUUUUUCUCAUUGAAUGGAAAGAUGAGUUUCGUGAAUGGCGUGUUUACGAAUCGCGGCGGAAAACACUUGACGUAUCUGACGGAUCACAUCGUAGCGCAGCUUCAGCCGGCAAUCGAGCGUCGUUUGAAGCGUUCAGUGAAGCCGUCCUUGAUUCGACAGCAUCUCUGUGUGUUCUGCAACUGUCUGAUCGAGAAUCCGACGUUCGAUUCGCAGACGAAGGAGUGUUUGACGACGAAUAGCAAGGACUUUGGAUCGCUUCCCGAGCUCUCUCCUUCCUUCCUUUCGAAAAUCGAGCGAUCAGGGAUCGUGGAUCUCGUGUCCACAAGCAUGCAUUUGAAGGAUAUUCAAACGCUAAAGAAGAGUAGCGGUACAAAAGUGAAUCGAUUACUCAAUAUUCCCAAGUUGGAUGAUGCCAAUAACGCAGGAACGAAGAAAUCGGGCCAAGCGACUCUGAUCAUCACAGAGGGAGAUUCGGCAAAAGCGCUCGCUGUGGGCGGAUUGGGCGUUGUGGGUCGUGACAACUAUGGAGUCUUUCCUCUGAAGGGGAAGGUGAUGAAUGUUCGCGAUGCCACCGAAAAGCAGUGCAGCGAAAACGAAGAAAUCCAGAACUUGGUCCGCAUUCUCGGGUUGAAAUAUGGAAAGGAAUACAAGGACACAAGUUCUCUUCGCUAUGGCCAUUUGCUGAUCAUGACCGAUCAAGAUUAUGAUGGCUCUCACAUCAAGGGCCUGGUUCUCAAUUUGUUCGAAACCUUCUGGCCGUCGUUGUUGAAGCUCGAUUUUGUUUCCCAGUUCAUCACGCCGAUCGUGAAAGUGACCCGAAAGAAGGAAGAGCACACGUUUUUCACGGUGAAGGAGUUCCAAGACUGGUCGAACAAAGAGAAAGACUUGAAGAGCUGGAAAAUCAAAUAUUACAAGGGUCUAGGUACUUCGACCGCGAAAGAAGGCAAGGAGUAUUUCAGCAACCUUGAUCGACACGUCCUUCCCUUCGCUCCACUGACCUCAUCGGAGAGCAAUUUGAUCGACAUGUGCUUCAAACGGUCGCGAUGUGAAGAACGGAAAGAGUGGAUUGAUGGUUUUGACCCCGAGUCGUAUAUCGACUAUGAAAAGAGUCCUGUGUCGAUUUAUGAUUUCAUCAACAAGGAGUUGAUCCAGUUUUCGCGUCAGGACUGCAUUCGAUCGAUUCCGAGUAUGAUUGAUGGUCUGAAGCCAUCGCAGCGAAAAGUUCUGCAUGGCUGCAUCCAACGGAAUCUCACAAAAGAGAUCAAGGUGGUUCAGCUUUCGGGAUACAUUUCGGAAUCGGUGCUAUAUCAUCACGGAGAGCAAUCACUCAACCAGACGAUCAUUUCCAUGGCGCAAGACUUUGUUGGAUCGAACAAUAUGAACUUUUUAGUCCCGAAUGGCCAGUUUGGAACGCGGCUGAUGGGCGGGAAAGAUUCGGCUUCGCCUCGAUAUAUUUACACGUAUCUCCACCCGAUUACGAAGCAUGUGUUCCGAGAAGAAGAUUCCGCUUUGCUGCCUUCCCAGGAAGAGGAAGGAGUUCACAUCGAGCCCUCGUAUUAUCUUCCAAUUCUCCCUACGGUACUUGUGAAUGGAGCCGUGGGGAUUGGGACUGGAUGGAGCACGAAUGUGUGCAACCAUAACCCCAUCGAGGUGGCAGAUGCUUUGAUUGCGCAGCUACGAGGAACGCGAUCAAAUCGUCCUCUGUAUCCGUGGUACCGAGGCUUUGUUGGGCAGAUUCUGAAGAAAGAGAACGGGUACCAGGUGUGCGGCAAUGUGUCGUGGAUCGAUGAGAACACGCUGGCAAUUACCGAGCUUCCUGUGGGUCGCUGGACGCAGGACUACAAGCAGUUUUUGUGCGACUUGGUUGAGCAGGGCGAUGUGGUAACGGGGUUCAGAGAGAACCACACAGAUACGGAAGUGAUGUUUACGGUGACAGUAAAGAAAGAGAAAGCAGCAGAGUUGAAGGAAAACAGAGAGAAACUCAUGAAAGAUUUGCGACUCAUAGGAUCGCUGACGACAUCGAACUUCAUCUUGUUUAACUCGAAGGGACAUAUCCACCACUAUAAAGACGCCAACGAGAUAAUGGAGGAGUUUAUCGAGUUCCGACUGCCCUUCUAUCAGCAAAGACGAGAGAAUCUGAUGAAGCAGCUGGACAAGAAGUGCAAGCUGCUAGAGAAUAAGUCGAACUUUAUUCAGCACGUAGUUGACGGAAGUCUGGUACUCCAUGACAGACCAAUCAAGAAGGUUAUUUCCGAUAUGGAGGCGUUGGGAUUGAUGAAGAUUGGUAGUGACGGAGAAACCUCGACAUACGAUUAUUUGCUCAAUCUGCCUCUGAACGGUUUGACGGAGGAAAAGCGGAAGCAGCUGGAUACGGAAAUGAAGGAAACGAAAGAGAAGAAGGAAGUGCUGAAUAGCAAGGAGAGCAAGGAUCUGUGGAUUGAAGAUUUGGAAGAGUUCAAGUCGAAUUUCAUCCAAAUGGAAGCGAAGAGACUGAGCGAACUGGUCCAAGGCAAGAGGAACCAGGCUUACGAAGUUUUUACAAUUGAUCACUACAAGCGAAGUCAGGUGAAAGAAACAUAG